UUCACUGUAUUGUGAUUCUUGAAACUGCAGAAACAUUUGGGAUAAUCAAUAGGGUUUCGGGUCGGAUUGGAUUUAGGUUACGGAUACUUGAAACCCGAUUCGGUUGGGUUUGAGUAUAAAAAUCCGUACACUGUAUAGUACAAAACCUGAUGCAUGGAUUCCAUUGUCAUCCCCCAUUCCUAGAAAGCAUAGGAAAGAAACUUCUUGCAGGGAAAGGAAACAAAUUUCUACCCUAGUCACCACAACCAUAGUAUAGGGCUUGUGUUAAGGAUGAGACUUCGUCCUAGCAAUAGAGGUUAGUUUGAAGGGAAGGAGGUGGGUGAAUUAUAAUUGUAAGAGUUUUUGAAAUUUUUCAAUAAUUUUAUUAUUUAUUUUAUUUUUAGUUUUUAGUUUAAAAUUUUCAAUACUAGUUGGAUUCUAUUGAAUAAGGAUUUUUUUUAUAUAUAAAAUUGAAUUGGUAAAGGUAAAUACUGAUGAUCUUUGCAAUAAGGAAUCUAUCAAAAGCAAUAUCAAAUUUGAAGUUUAGGCACUAGCUUUGAUUUUUUAAGCAUCAAUAAUUCAUGUGUGGUGAGAAGUUUUUUUCUAGGUUUGAAAACUCUACAUGAAUACAUCUUUUCUAAAAUUGUAUUUAAGUUAUUUGUGGCAAUGCCUUAAUUAGGUUGAAAAGUUUUUGUUCAGAAUUUGUUUUAUUUUUCUUAGUUAUUUAAUUUUUUAUUUAGUUUUGGAAUCUUGAUGCUAGUUGAAUUCUAGAAUGACUAUAUUUAAUAAUGAUAUCUUUUCUACAAGGAGUAGGAUUUAGGCCACUGAUUAGUAUAAAUAGGGUCAUCUAACUUAUUUAUUAGAACUUAUUUGAUUGUUCAAGAAUUAUUGAUAUUUAGAGUUUAUUAAAUCAAAAUUUUCUGUACAAUUUAGCUAUAAUUUUAGGAUUUGUGAAAUCUUUGUUUUUGCUAUACAUUGUAUCACUCCCACUACAAUGCUAUUGAUUUUCUGUCCUUUCAGAUUUUAAAUUGUCAAACUAAACAAAAAAGAAAGAAAGAAACCCUUCAAUUCCUGCCUAUAAAUCUCCCAAAACGCUUGAGAUUUUGUCUACAACUUCAACUUAGAACCUCUCAGCUUCAAGGGGUACUUCAGAACUUCUACUCGGUGUUUGUUGAAGUCUAAGCACAGAAGAGUAGAUGUGAUUUGUGAAUCUCCCAGAGGGUGUGGAAGAUUUCCAGUUGUGAUGGACUCAAGUGAUUCUGAAGAUGGCAUUGGUGAUCAUUCACAGUUUCUAAAACGUCCUGUGAUACAAGUUGUACCAAGAAAAUACCCUCCUCCAAGGAUAUUGAAAGGAUCUUUUGUCCAGCGAGAUUUUCCUAGUGCUUUUCAGCAACAGGAUUUGCUUUCUGCUUCAAAAGAGGGUUUACAAAAAGUUGUUUCUGCUACCAAGCCUAUGGAGAAAGCUGCUGAGGAGAUUGCCGGAAGGAAAUGCCCUUAUCUAGGGAUGAACUCAAGUGAUUGUGAUGAUAUCAGUGAUCAUGGACAGUUUCCACAAAAUCCAACGAUGUCAAAAGCAUCUUCUGCCCAACGAGAUUUUUCUGCUUCAAAAGAGGGGUUACUAAAUACUGUUUCUGCUAGCAAUCCCAAAGAGAAAGCCGCUGCAGAAGCUGCCUCAAGGAAAUGCCAUUCUCCAGGUAUAUUGACAGACUUUUUGGCCAAGCAGGUUCGUCCUGCUGCAAAACAGAAUACGUCUUCUGUUUCUAAUGACAUUUCAACCAAUGACCGCCGGAAACAAAACUCUGUUUCCCAAGAAAAUAUCAUAACAAAUAGUUGCAGAAAUCAGAAUACUGGUUCUGUUUCUAAUGACAUUUUUCUGCGAAAUGGGAAGAACGCUACUAGGGUAGUGGGUUUUAGGCCGAAGAGGUUUAAUACUACUUUGGGCAACAAGGAAACUGGUCGGUGUCAUCAAAAAUCAAGUGCUUGUUGCGAUAAAGUGAAGGAGGUCUUGAGAUUGUUUCAUCAAGUACUUGCCAAGCUCUGGAAAGAAAAUGCAAGGAAGCCAAAAAUGGAGAAAGACUACAACAUCCCUAGACAUGCAGCAUUAUUUCUUAAAGAUCACCAAAAAUGGAUUAAUACAAGCAAACGGGUAGGUCCUGUUCCUGGAGUUAACAUCGGUGACAAGUUUCAAUUUCAGGCUGAACUGAAUGUAAUUGGCCUUCAUUGUCACUUUUAUAACGGUAUAGAUUAUAUGAAGAAGAAUGGGAUCUCAUUGGCCACUAGCAUUGUCGUGUCUGAGCGGUAUGCUAAUAACAGGGAAUCUUCCAAUGUCCUCAUUUAUUCUGGUUCUGGUGGGAAUCCAGCAGUUCGAGGUCAGCAACCACUUAAAGAUCAAAAAUUAGAACGAGGAAAUCUUGCAUUGAAGCACAGUAUGGAUUGUAGAACUCCCGUUCGAGUCAUUUGUAAAGUAAAGCUCAAGAGUCCUCAAGCAUCUUCCGUUGAAGGUACAUGCAAGCGCAAAAAUUUGAACCCAAUUUAUGUUUAUGAUGGUCUUUACACAGUUGAAAAAUUUUGGGAAGAAAGAGGAGAAUUUGGUAAACUUGUCUACAAAUUCAAGCUGAAGAGAAAUUUGGAUCAGCCGUAGUUCCCUUGAGGAUUUAGCAAGCAAUUGCGGGCAUGUUUUGAUGGAUGAUAUUUCUAAUGCAAAAGAGAAGAUGCCAGUUCGUGUUUUGAAUAUGCUUGACAAUGAGAGGGCACCACUAUUUAGUUAUUUAGCAAAUGGAACGUGUAAUGUUGAAUCCUUGUUAAGUGCUUGUGAUUGGAUUGACGGAUGCUCAUGUUCUAAAGAUUGGUCAUGAAAAAUCAAUGGAGGAGAAUUUCUUAGCAUAAUCAU